AUGAUCUGGGGAGGAAUUUCUAUCGUUUUUGGCAAAAUGCUCUUCAUAAAGAAGGAGAAGUAUGCAAUCAAUGCCCAAAUCUAUAUCAGAGACAUUCUCCAGGGCUAUAUUGAGCCUUUAGAUGGAGACUACACCUUCGUUCAGGAUGGGGCAACAGCCCAUACUGCAAGGCAGACUAUGGAAUAUUGCAGAGAAAAACGGGAUUGAUGUGAAGACUCAAUCGCCGAAGAGCCCAGAUCUCAAUCCAAUUGAGAUGAUCUGGGCCAAUUUGAAGAGGAAAGUGGAGAAAAGAAGGCCUGACAGCAAAGCCAGACUAAUUGCUGCCAUUCAGGAGUCAUAGGACGAAAUUUCUUUUGAGGAAGUGCAAAAUUCCAUUCUUAA